UUAGAAGCAGCCAAAGGUCAGUCAACUAUUGCCCAGAGCUUUCUACAACAACGGCAACAACAUCAUCCUCAACACCUUCCGACAAACCGACGAAAAUCUCUACAAACCCAAACCAAGAUGAGGCCUUUCAUUCUCCUUGCGCUCCUCUUGACGCUGGCCAAUUGUGAGCCGCAGUCGCCGCACAGUGGCAGGCAGCGUCCCCUGGUCUAUGGCAAUUGGCCGCCAAAAAGCGCCAACCAGUUGUCCCGUCCUGCGGCUGGAGCGGGUGCAGGAGGCGCCCCUGGAAAGCAGCGCACACUGGUCGUCCAGAUACGCAGCGAUCAGCCUGUGCCACUAGUCCUCAAGGGUCGUCCUGGUCACGCACACACACAUGCGGCCCACCAGCACUUGGCCCACGCACAUGCAGUCCAUCCACAUGUCUUGCAGCACCCCCAUUCGCACUCCCACCUGCAUGGUCAUCCUCACCUCCUGCACGUGCCACAGCACCAGCACCAGCAUCAGCAUCUUCGAGGAUCAAGACCUAUCAAAAUAAGCGCUCCUGUCUACCUGAAGCCCGCCAGUGCAGUGCGCAAGCCCCUCAAGAUCAAGCUGAACAAUUCGAAGCCUAAGACGAAGCCAACCUUCGGAUACGACAAACCUUUCAAGUUUGAAAAACCCACGGCUGUGUCUUACAGCGAGCUGCAGAAUUUGCCGCUGGACACGCACAACAACUUCAACACUGAGCACUUUGCACCCAUUUACACGGUACCCGCACCGAAUCUGGCCGUGCACGACAAUCACUUGGAGCUGGACGAUGGCGGCCAUUUUGCCACCGCUUACCUUCCCCCACAGCACACUUCCCAGUCCCCGCCCACAUCCGCCUCCGCCCGUCCACAGACAUACUUGGCACCGGGUUACAAUGUGCAUGAGGAUGAAACAAAUGACCAAACAAUCCGCGAUCCCAUUUCGGGCUCGCAGAAACUCUUUGCCCCAGAUCCAGAUCCCUCGCUGCCCACCUCAAAGAUUCGCCCCGCCACUGAGACCUUCAAUACCCCGAGCAACAACAAGCCUCUGCCAUCUGAUGUCCAGAACAACCAUCUGCCCGCCCAGCCACUGGUGCAGAUUGUGGGCGCCCAGGCGGCCGCUCAGACGGCUCCGGAGAUCUACCCCAUCCAGUACGCCCAGCAGACCCAGCAGUUGCAACCGUUCCUAGCCGCCUCCAUUUCCGCCGCCCACAUUCCUAUCUACAAUCCCACCUAUCUGGUGACCCAGUCGAAUCAGCUGUACUCCCAGCACAAGCAACAGCUCUUCAAGCCCAGCGCGGAGCAUGUGCUCGAGACUGGCUUUGUGAACGCGGAUCUGACUCAAGAGGUGGCCAGCAAUGGCCAGAUUCUGCAGGCAGCCAAGGACCCGCAUCACAACAUUCAUCCCGUGCUGGACUCGGCGCCGCAAUACGCAGCUCUGAUUGCUGCCCCGGCUCUGGGUGAGCCUGUGGAAAGUGCCUACGAGACGGCUUCCUUCCAUUUGCCUAAUGUGGCCUCGGCGGUGGCUUCCACGGCUCCGGAGGGAGGCUUUGUGGUGUCCAACUACUACGGCCAUGCGCACGAUUCCUCGCAAUUGCUCCAGGCCUAUGCAGAGGAGGAGGCCCGCCGUCAGCAGCUGGAGACCGAGCACGCAGCCCUGGAGUUGCAAAAGCAGCAGCAAUAUCACCUCGACGAGCUCAAGGCCCAAGCGCUGGAACAGCAGCAGCAACAGCAGUUUCAUCUGGAGGAACUGAGGGCCCAAGCACAUGCCCAGCAUCAGCAGCAGCUGCAGUUCGAAGAGCUGAAAGCCCAGGCCGAGGAGCAGCACUUGCAGCACCAACAGCAGCAGCAACAGUUGCAGCUGUUGCAACUGCAGCAGCAGCAUCAGCAGCUCCAACAGCCUGUCCAACAUCACCCGCAGCCCGCCCAGGACCCUGCUGCAACUGCGUUCGAGGAGCAUCAGCGACUAGUGCAGCAACAGCUGGGCAGCAACACGCCACUACGCAUCUUUGUGCCAGACGAGGAGGCUGCGUCUGAAUCGCGCCUCCAAAAACGAUCGGAUGAUCUGAAGAAAGGCACGGUGGAGGAUGUCCACAAUCUGGGAACGACCGACAGCGAGGUAGAGUCAGCCAAAGAUUUAUUUGAGGUCUCCACCUCCGUAGAAGUUGCCGGCGAGAAUCACAAUGCCAGCAGCAUAUAG